AUGGGACACUUAUCAGCAUUACUAAGAAAAAACUGGAUAUUAUGGAAAAGAAACUGUUUCUGCUCGAGCUGCGAGUUGAUUUUGCCAUUGUUACUAAUUCUUGCAUUGGGAGGAAUAAGGUCUGCUGUCGAAAAAGAAGACGUUGCAGAGGCUAAUUUUUACGAUCCUAACAAUCUGAAAGAUUGGAAUGGUCCUCCUUUUCUAGUUUAGCUCUAACCUUACAUAGAUGAAUAAAGAAUCGAAUAAAACCUCAUUCAAUUUAGACUUAGAAAUUAGUCAGCUAGUGUUGUGGAAAACCUGAUGUAGUUGAACACGAAAAGUCGACUUCAAGUACUGCCACCUAUGAAGAACUGUUUGGAUAAUUAUAGAUAGGAUUAGAAAAGAUAAUGGAGAAAUGGUGAUAUAGCAAUGGGUCCAAGUGCUGAUCAUCCAAUAGUAAAGGAACUGACUGAAGUUUUCAAAAAGUAUUAUAAUUACUCAGUCGUGAUAUUUAAAGACAAUAAGGAGUUGGAUGAUUAUACUUCUUCAUCCAAAUAUGGGGAUCCGGAUUAUCCCAGGGUUUGUUUUGGUGUAAUGUUCAAUGAAUCCUCAUCAAAUGUCUAUGAUUAUUCACUGAGGUUCAAUUCUAGUGGUAUGAUUAACAAUGAAAUCCCCCCUACGAAUUUUGUUGAUAUUGAUCCUAUUAAAUAUGAGGAUUUGGACAAGGCCAAUGAAUAUUUGGAAUCAGGAUUUUUGACUGUUCAAAACUUUAUAGACAACAUAAUUAUAAGAAGAGAGGUGGCAGCUGAUGCUAAGAUCACCCCAACUUAUUCGUUUAUCCACAGGAGAGAAGGAGUGAUUGACGAUUUUGCUUCUUUCUUGAGAGGAGGCUUCGGUAUCUAUCUAAUAUUGCCACUGAUGAUCAUCUAUUUGAGAAUGACCUAUGGUAUCAUCUACGAGAAGGAGAAGAAGCUUAGAGAAGGGAUGAAGAUGAUGGGUUUGAAUAACACAUCCUUUUAUCUCUCAUGGAUUAUACAGUACUUCAUCAUUUACACCUUGAUUUCAAUAAUAGCAACUAUUCUACUUAAGGGAAUGGUGUUCAAAAACACUGAUGGAUUUGUACUAUUCAUAAACUAUUGGCUAUUUUGUAUGGUUCUCAUAUUCCAAUCGAUGUUUAUAAGUGUGUUUUUCACUCGAGCCUUGUUUGGACUGAUUGUAGCAAUCGUCUGGUACUUGUUGAUGUACAUGGUAAUAAGUUUGGUUGGAAGUGGUUAAAAUCUGGUCCCAGAAGCAACCUAUUGGGGGGCGUCAGUUUCGAGUCACGCGGGUAUGUCAUUCGCAUUUGACGUUAUGAUUCUGUUUGAGGCCCAAGGAAGAGGAGUGUCAAUGUCGACUCUGAAUACAAAGGUGGAAAACUACUCUGUCAAUAUAGCCUUGUCGAUGCACAUUCUAAAUAUCUUCUUUUACUUGUUGAUGUCCAUCUACUUGGAUCUUGUGUUCCCAAAUGAAUGGGGUAAGAAAUUGCAUCCCUUGUUUUGUAUUCCCUAUUUCAACAAGCCACACAGAAGUGAGAACCAAUUAAAUAGGAAGGCAUCCUAGAUUCAUUAAGAGAGAUAUGAGGAAGUUGAAUAAGCAUUGAAAGAUCAAGAAUCCAGAAAGGAAGUUCUACAAAUCUAGAAUCUCACUAAAAUCUAUCCUAGUGGCAAAUAGGCUGUGAGUAAUGUAAAUUUAACAAUGUACAUUGGGUAAAUUUAUGCCUUGUUGGGACAUAAUGGAGCUGGUAAAACCACAACUAUCUCAAUGUUGACUGGUUUAUUAGAUAUCACUGAAGGUUAAGCAACAGUAUUUGGAUACGAUGUUGAAACAUAAAUUGAAGAUAUCAGAUCAUUCAUGGGAGUGUGUCCUCAACAUGAUAUUCUUUUUGAUAAUUUGACAGUCAAAGAACAUUUGGAAAUGUUUGCUACCUUUAAGGGAAUGAAACCUGAAGAUAUCCCAGCUGCUGUUAGAAGAAUGAUUGAAGAUGUUGAUUUAUUAGAAAAAACUGAUUAUCUGAGUAAGAAUUUGUCAGGUGGACAGAAAAGAAGACUGUCAGUUGCUAUGGCCUUUAUUGGUAAUUCCAAGUUAAUCUAUUUGGAUGAACCAACAUCAGGUAUGGACACAAGUGCAAGAAGAUACAUUUGGGAAAUGCUUAAGAAUUAUAAGGAGGACAGAAUUAUAGUGUUAACAACUCAUUUUAUGGAUGAAGCAGAUUUCUUGGGAGACAGAAUUGGUAUCAUGGGUGAAGGAAAAUUGUAAUGUUCAGGCAGUAGUGUAUUUUUGAAGAAUCAAUUUGGAAAUGGAUACAAUUUAACAAUUGUGAAGGAGAGUACAUUGUCAGAUUCAGAACCAAUUAUCGAAUUAAUUUAAAAGAUUUGUCCUGAGUCAAUUUUGAUAUCUAAAGUGUCAGCAGAAAUCUUGUUGUAGUUGCCCCUAUAAGCAAUAUAGAAAUUCCCAUAACUCUUUGCAGAAUUAGAUAAGAAUCUGAAACCCUUACACAUGUAAAGUUAUGGAAUUAGUAUUACCACCUUAGAAGAAGUGUUCUUAAAAGUGGCUUAAAUUGGAGCUGGCCAUAAUCAAGUGAAUGAUUAUAUGGAAAAGGAAGGUUAGAAUCAAGCAGCUAUGCAAAUAGAUGACUUUGAUAUCAACUAAAUCAGAAUUGUAAGUUCUGUCUAAUUGUUCUUCAAUCACACUCUUUCAUUGAUCAUAAAGAGAUCUCGAUAUUUCAAGAGAGACAUUAGAAGUUUGUGUUGUGAAAUCUUGUUGCCUUGCUUGGUUGUGUUGUUAGGUUUGAUUCUUAUGACAAUUGAAUUCAUCACUUAACCAGAAGUUGUCCUAUUGACUCCCCCUUCAGAAUGCUAUUCAACUGACGUAGGUUAUUUGUGGGGAGGCAUCUAAGACAAUACUCUAUUCAACAGUAUGCAGAUGAAAUUGUAUGAUGAAAAAUAACAAGUCUUUGGAGACCCAACAUUGAGUAAUUUAGAGAAAAUAGAUAUGAAUUAUUUUGAAACCUCAGAUUUAAGAUCAGACAUAGGAUGGUAUUAUUUGACAUAAAAUACUAAUAACGAUUUCCAGUAUUACAUGUUUGUCAAUUCUGUUUUCAGAGAAGGUCCAGCUGUAUUGCUUAAUCAAAUGAAUUAAGCCAUCCUCAAAAAAUUGAAGGGAAAUAACUAUGAAAUCAGAGUUACUAAUUCUCCUAUGAGAAGAACAUUUGAAGAAUUGCAGACUUAAAAUACAAUUUCUGGAUUUUUGGCAGCGUUAGUAUUUUCUAUGGGGAUGGCAUUCAUUCCUGCAUCAAUUAUAUCGUAUAUUGUGAAAGAGAGAGAAAUUAAUUUGAAACAUUAAUAAUUGGUUUCUGGUGUGUCUGUCAAAGCAUAUUGGUUUAGUAAUUGGCUAAUGGAUGUUGGAAAACAUAUCGUACCUUCCGUUGUUUGUUGUCUAUUGAUUUUGGCAUUUGACAUUUCAGCUAUGAUAGAUGAUGAAAACUACGGAUUCUCUUGGCUCAUCUUUUUCCUGUAUGGUUGGGCAAUCAUUCCAUUUUGCUAUUUAUUCAGCUUCGUCUUCAGAUAACAAGGUAAUGCUAUGCUUUUGAGUUUCUUCUUGCAUUUAGUUGUUGGAUCUAUCAUCAGUUUAGUAGUUUAUAUCCUAAGAUUGAUUCAAUCCACCAGAGAUAUCGCCAAAGCAUUGUAAUGGAUUUUCAGAUUUAUCCCAUCAUUCUCAUUUGCUUAUGGAAUUGUCAACUCCUGUUCCAAAGCUACUUAUAAAGUUAUUGAGGGCUGGCCUGAAAUGAAAAGCACCUAUGACAUCGAAGUAGGAGGUGCAGAUCUGAUAUUCUUGGCAUUCACUGGUGUCUUAUACAUCAUAUUAGUGUUUAUAGUUGAGUACUUCGAGGACAAUGGUUAAUUGCAAAAGUUGGGAUCAAGUGAAUAGAGCAUUCCCUACAUUCCUAAAACAAUUGAUGAUGAUGUUGCUAAAGAAAAUUAAUUAUGCGAAACCUAUCAACCAAAUGAAAAAGCCAUUCUUGUAAAGAAAUUGAGAAAAGUAUUCAUGUUAGGAGCAGGAAAACACAAAGUUGCAGUUGAUUAAGUCUCCUUUGCUAUUGAUUAAGGAGAAGUCUUUGGUUUGUUGGGAGUCAAUGGUGCUGGUAAAACAACUACUUUCAAAAUCUUAUCAGGUGAAUUAAAGCCAACUUAUGGAGAAGCCUAUAUUGCUGGAAAGAGUGUCAUAGAUGAUUUAGAGGCUGCAAGAGUCAAUAUUGGUUAUUGUCCUUAAUUUGAUGCCUUGUUGGAAAAUCUUACAGUGAGAGAACAUAUUGAAUUAUUCUCUGAUAUCAAAGGAAUCCCUUAUUUCAAAAAAGAGGAUUUAGUUGAAAAAAAACUAAGUGAAAUGGAUCUAAAGAGAUUUGAAAAUAUAUAAGCUGGUUAACUCUCUGGAGGAAAUAGAAGAAAAUUGUCUGUUGCUAUUGCUAUGAUUGGAAAUCCACCAAUUGUCUUUUUAGAUGAACCAUCAACUGGUAUGGAUCCAGAAGCUAGAAGAUUCAUGUGGAAUGUCAUAUCAAGAAUUGCCACUCAGAGAAAAUAGAGUACCAUCAUUCUUACUACCCAUUCUAUGGAAGAAGCUGAAGCAUUAUCCACUAAAAUUGCUAUUCAAGUCAAUGGAAAUCUCAGAUGCUUGGGAUCAGUACAACAUAUCAAGAAUAAAUUUGGAAAGGGAUACGAAAUCGAAGUCAAAUUAGAAAAACCCACUACCAACGAAAUCAAUGGAUUGAUAUCCUAAAUGUAACUACCUCUAGGUUCUCGUCUUGACUAAUAAAAAACUAUCGAAAUUCUAAGAUCAUUAGGAUAAACACCUUUAGAACAGGAGAUCAAUAUGAGAGGUUCGGGAUCCCAUAUUUAUAAUGAUUUAAGAAAACCAAAUGGUCUGGCAAUUGAAACCUUAGCAGAAUUCAUCAUUGUAGAAGGAAUGGGUCGAGUUCUCAUGGAUUUCAUUCUAAAGUCCUAUGGACAAUUUGAAAUUAUCGAACACUUUUAGACAUUUUAUAGAUUCCGACUUAUGGGACAAGUAACUGUUGGUGGAUUGUUCGAUGGCUUUGAAAAAAAUAAAAAAGUAUUAAGAAUUUCCCAGUAUUCCAUUAAGUAAGCUUCAAUAGAGCAGAUUUUCAAUAACUUUGCUCAAUAAGAUCACAUUGAAAACUAAGGAUAAAUACAAAAUCAAUAAGCCGUCCAUAUUUAAAUUCCUCCUAAUCAAUAGGAGAUGUAGAACCUACAAAAAUGA